AUGCAAAAUGCGACGGAAGCCGAGGUACACGCCGCUUGCUCAGAGUACUAUAUAACGCCGUGGGCCACAAUUGUGUCGCUGUUCUUGUUGUACACUUUUUUGUUGCUUUGGUUUUGCCGACAUGGGAAGAAGACGUGCCUUCCAUUGCCGGAUUCGAUUUAUCCCUUCACACCGAGGCUGGAUUAUUUGAAAAAAGGUGCGGAGUUGUAAAAUACGGUUAAGCGAGUUAUAGUUUCCUUUAAAUUUUGCAGAUAAAUCGACCAUUAACUCAAUAUGAAUUCCCUAAAAUUUUGGUCACAAAAUCGGGAGAGCGGUCAGAGAAAAAAUUCAGCUUUUAGACAUAUCUAAUAAGGGAACUACCCCAAGUGCGACGCUCAGAUUUUCUUUAAACUUUGCACACAUGUUGGGCAUAGACUAACUAUCAAUUACUGAAAGUUUUAGCUUGCGCUUAGCAGGGGCCGCUGAGAUUUUCAACGACAUUUGCGGCCGAGAGAGCACACGAAACGCGGAGAGCGGUAAAAGGAAAAACACUGUUUUUUGGUGAUAUCUUUGCCCCUUUCGCCCAUAAAAAAAAUGAUUUUGUGUGGAAAGAAUACAUACUAUCUGCAGUAGAAAUAAGCACAAAACUUUUUAUCCGAAAACUCAGAAAACACUGUCAUCUAGAUUUAUGGUCGAUUUUUGUCGGUCGAAGACCAAUAACAGUACCUUACAGUUAUCCUAUCAAGUUCAUAUUGGGAUUUUUUGAAGUUAACGUUCUCUAAAACCUAGCCACACUCGAUUUUGUAAAAUUUGCUAUUCCGGAACGGCCACAGCGGGCUUCGGAAGGCUACUAACGGAAGCAAGAACUAAAAAGUUUUUGAAUAUCCGCGGCAGAAUAAAGCUCUUAUCAAUCUGUCGGGAAAAUAAUGUGGAUUUGUCGCAGAAAAAUUUCUGGCCUCAUCGAAGCCGCGCAACACAUCUCCAACCGCGGCCAGCCGUUGCAAACCGACAACAGGCGAUUCCAAGGCUCGACGAAUCCACAUUAUUUUCCCGACAGACUGAUAAAAGAGCUAUGAUGAUUUUAUUCACUCUAAAUACGUAUAUAUUUGUAGUUCUCGAAAACCUCCUCGUCGAUGACAUGUUCAUCGAGCUCACCGACAACAAACUUGGUCAAGGAGCCGUUGGCUUUGUCUUCAAGGGCUACGUCUAUCCCAAAACUCAGACCAGAUUCAAGCAGAAAACAUUUGCUGCAGUAAAGGUAAGGGACUUUUAUAUUAUUCUAUUCGUAUUUUAGACCUCUAUUUGAACGUUAAAACUGUCUAAAACGACGGCUUUCAGAUGUCAUAUCCGAUGCCGCAGAAGUCGUUGGGCUUGUUGGAGGAAGCCGCUCGAAUGGCGAGACUGAAUCAUCCCAAUAUUGUCAAAAUCAUCGCCGUGAGCAAGUUGUCGUUCAGUGCGUUCAGACCCAUGUUUGCCAUGGAAUGGCUGCCGGGUGGAAGCUUGGCAGAAUAUUUCAGAGAUCAAGUUCGCCGGAGGGAUGAGAAAGAACGGGAACAGGUAGGGAGAUGCUUACUAUUAGUAUUAUAUUUUCAUAAAUUGCAUAGACUUUUGUUCUCUUUUGUACAGUCCAUUUUGAAGUUUUUACCACGUUUGCUUUAUGACACUAUCGCACUGCCAAAAAUGUGGCUUUUGGCUGUUCAAAAUUUGGCAUAAAAAUCCUAUUAUGUAGCGAUAACAACUUCUGUACUCGUAAAACGUAUCGCAAAGGACCAAAAAAUUAAUUUGUUAUAGAAGGGUUUCGUUGUUCAGAGGUUAGUUUUUCCUAAAACCUAUUCUUGUAGCCUUUCGAAUAAUCCGUAAUAGAUAGAUUUUGCUGUACGGGUGUUCGUUGUGGGGAAGUUCCGCUCCAAUCAAAAACACAUACGAUUUUUUUGCUCGAAAGAACGAGUAAUUUAUGGAAGAUAUUAUACAUAUAUUGAGGUCUAAAGGCACAUGAGAGCCAAUCUGUAAAAGUUCAAAUAUCAGUAUGUCGGGAAAAUAAUGAACAUGGCGCUACUCCGAUCAAGUCGCUGAAAUGAAAAGCAAUUUGAUCUUGUCGCGACGCAAUUCAUUUUUUCGGUGGCGAGGCAAUUUUGGAUACCAUAGAGUAUGCCACAGAGCUCAUUAUUUUCCCGACAGACUGUUAUUUCAGCAUUCCAACAAGUUUAAAUUUCUCAUAGAAAAAUUUGACAACUAUUAUAUAUAUUUUCAGGUCUACAUCCGCGACGUUCUCCACGUGCUUCGUCAAGUCUCGGGAGCCCUCAAAUACCUCCACGAAUCUCGCGACCAGCAAGGAAAAGAGUUCACGCAUGGUGAUGUGGCCGCUCGCAACGUCCUCCUCAACCAUCGAAAUUUAGCGACUUGCGUCGCGAAGCUCGGAGAUUUCGGGCUUCCGAUUGAUUUCGGGCCCCGUCUGCCAAUUCCUUGGCUUCCGCCAGAGAUUGUUUGCUCAUUGGACAGAUCGAAUCCAGUCCACCGCUCCGAAUCAGACGUGUGGAUGUUCGGAGUGAUGGCGUGGGAGUGCGCCACACUCGGCGCGGAGCCACAUUAUCAACGGACCUAUGAUGAGAUUACAAAAUGUUUUGAGCUGCCCGACAAAGGGUUGGCAUAUCCGCCGGCUUGUCCGAGAGAGUAGUAAGUAAAUCACAAGUUAUUAGCUGCGGAAAUUUUUUACUUGGGCGUGUCGCUGAAAAAUCAAACUACUUUUUUUUGCGAUUGGCGCAGCGACAUUGCGCUCAUUAUUUUCCGACAGACUGAUACGACAAAAUUAACCGCCGUAUAACCCUCCUAUGACAAGUCAUUUUUUCAAAGGUCCUCUGAAAUCAUCCCGGCUAUUUCACGGUUCUUACAGCGCUGUGUCGAGACCGCAGAGGGAAGAUUUUCAGGACUUUUUUCGCUGAGUAUCAGUCUGUCGGGAAGAUAGUGAGCACAACGCCGCUGCGUCAAUCGCGUUGCUGAAGUGAAAAGAAAUUUGAUUUUUUUUGCGACACAAUUCAUUUUCUCGGCGGCAAUGAGAUUUUCGAUGCGACAGAAUGCUCAAUAUUUUUCUAACAGACUUCUAGUAAUCUCCAUUUUAACUAGACGAAGCGGCUGCUUUUGACCUUAUGACUAUUGUAAAAUACGACUUGUGCUAUUUUUUAUCAUUUUUUAUUCAAUAGGUUACCGCUUUUAGGGUCUAAAUUUUGCAGAACAUGGUGAUAAUUGUCGCCCUCGUUCUAACAUGCUCUUCUUUUUAGCUGGUCCCUCAUAAUGGACUGUCUCUCCGAGCAGCAUCGACGACCGAGAUUCGCGGGGCCAACGGAGAGUCCGAACUCAAUCAUAAAUCGGAUUGAAAUCUUGGAAGGGCAGUUCCAUCACUCUCCGCUGACCUUCCAGAUGGUCCUCAACGUCUCGAAUUGCACUUGCUCUCAGCAUCGAUGCAAUGUGCCGUUGCCGCCAUUUACGGUUCGAUAA